AUGGCACACAGAGAAAGGACCAAAAUAUCAGAGGCAGCGCUGGAAACAUUGAAGAAGUAUUUCAAUGAAGGAAUGAGUCGUGUUGGUUCCUCCCUUAUAUCAGAGGCUGCUAACGAGACUGGCCUGGAAACCCGUGUGAUUGAAAACUGGAUUGGAAACUAUAAGAGGGUUCUUGGUGGUCCCUCUCAGCCCCAGCCCGUAAAAAUGAAAUGCCACGUACGACAGCUCUCGGCAUAUAAUCUGUUUUGCCGUGACCUUUUAAAAAAUAAAGGCUCAAUGAGUGAUAUUAAAGAGCAGUGGGCAUUACUAGGGAAAGAGGAGAGAGAAAAAUAUGUUCUGGAAGCAACAGCUUCCCGUUCACUGGACACAGAACAGCUUAGCCCUGAAAUGAGGGAGGACAAAAUCAAGAGGCACCUUAAGCAACUAAAGCUAGAGGUGGCCAAGCUUGAGCUUUUAGGGGUCGAGACGGCCAUUAUGUCCAUAGACAAAUCCUCCUCCUCCUUGGAGGUAUUUGAGGUUUGCAGCAAGGAAGCCACUGUCUUCCUGGACAACUCCGACACAUCAAGCAACUUUGCGUUGCAUUUCAAAGCCUCACCUACAUGUACAAGUCAUCUUCCAAAUGAACACAUCCGUGUUCUCCGGAAGAAAGUGCAAGACCUUUUUAAUCAGAAAUACAAGGAGGCUGGAGGUGCUGGAAGGCUCCCCUACAAGUCCCUGCUAGAAAGACCAAUCGUUGUGUCUGGGCUUCCGGAUAAUCUUCAGUUGAAGAAGCCUUUGUUUUAUGGCCGAAACCAGCUGGAGGCCAUUUUAAAAGUCCACAAUGGUAUUUCUUUUCAAAUUGAUAAGUUAAAUCAACAGUGA